AUGGUUCGUCGUGCAGGAGACGCACAUACGCACGUCCCCGCCGGCCCCUUCACAGAUGAACUGGGCAUUACGGCAGAUCGCGGCCAGCCCACACAGCUGCGUUAUAAUGAUCAUCUCCCUCCUUCGGCUGCCUUUCUUAGUGGCAAUCCGUACCUUGAUCGUCCUCUACCGGUUCCACCCCUUCGACUUCGUAAAGUGAAGAUGCCGGCGCCGGAUCGACCCAACACAUCAGGUGGACCGAGUUCAACGAGUCAGGCGGAGGGCGGCUUCAACUUCGACAAGUACGACAAGCGAGUUUCCAGAGACGACUUCUAUCUGAACUCGCGGCCCGGUGCUGGGGCUGGGCUCCGGUCACACCAUGCGCCCUUUCGAGGCCAGUUACCAACUCCUGAAGCAAGUCCAAGGUCGAGGGCGGCCACUCAACCUAUCGUCCCAGUAAUCAGGGUGCCAACGCCUGAGUCCAUGGACGAAGUUGGUUCGGGUCCGAUUGGCAUGGCGCUGGGAAGUCCGACGCAUCAUCUACCGAGCUGGAAUUCUUGGGAUGAUACACAGCAGACCCUACGCCCUCAGGCUGCACCCGUCGUGCACCCCGCAUCUCCGUUGUCAAUGGCCAGCAGCGUGGACUCCUAUGACAUGCCGGUAGAAAAGAAACCAUCUAGUAAAUGGAGGCUUUUCGGCAUGUUUGGAAGGAAGCACGCGACUAAUAAUGCUCAGCCGGCCGUUUCCAUCUCGGAACCCAAUGCGCUGAAGGGUACUUAUCGACCGGAGCAAUUCUCGCCCCAACCGCAGCCGCAGGCGCAGGCGCAGGCGCAGCCAGCCCGAAGCAAUACUACGUCGACUCGGAAAACGCCGAAGUACAAACCCUUGGCUGUUCGAUCAAACACCAUGCCCUACGCCGACACCUUGUCUGCCUCAAAAUCGACGAAAGAUCGGGAAAAGGUGAACGGGAGUACGGACACGUUUGGAAACGGUAGUACAAGCAACUUUGGCAGUAUUCCAAUUGUACUCGACCCCAAUGCGAGUUCAACACCAUAUUCUUCUGGCCCAGGUCUAUUGAAUGUCGAGAUUCCCGAGACUACGAUGGAGAGAUACAGUGUAAUGUUUGGAAGUGUUUUGCAGAAGCAACCAGCUUCGUCAUUGUUGGCUCGACGGCAAGCCACGCUGGACAGGCUAAGGAGCAUAAGUGACGCGAGAGUCAAAGAAGAGGAGAUGACGCAUGUGGCGAGAUCCCGGAGGGCAACGUCACCACAGCCUACUACCAAGUCGCCAGCUUUCGCCUUGUUCCCUCCAACGCCGUCGGACAGACAAUCACAUCAUCAACCACGAUUGUCGAGGUCCUUUACGUCGCCUGCCCCGAUUCCUUCUCCACCGAGAGCCACAUUUGAUGGGCCCCCAAAUUCUCAUCUCAGGGACCAGGCGUCGACACUUGAUCCACACGGCAAAUUCACAAUCUCAACCAGAACCAAGACCAGGCCUCAACAUCAGCCGUCAAGUUUCGAUUUCGCACUGGAACAGUCCGGAACUAUAGUGGAGUCGCCAAUCGAUGCGGACGACGUCGAGGAACUAGAAGUGAUUAGAAGCCAAUCCAUACGGCAUAAGAUCCGGGAGCCGCAAUGGGAGAUGAUAAAUCCGGCACAACCCACGCCCUCAUCAACAUCUUCGUCGAGCAAGCGGUCUCCCUCUUCCGCAUCUUCGGCACAAACCCACCUCACCAAGCCAUCAUUGGAUAUGGACGACCUUGAAGGUGCGCAUAUGAAUCCCGUGGAAAUAUCGAUUGCUCGGCAAAUCUCUAUAUCCAGACAACAGAGACAGAUGCUCAAACCAUUGCAAACGAGCUUCAACUCCACCAGGAGACGGCAGAGCCCGGCAGGGGCAAGUCCAGUGCCUAUAAUAGCCAUGGGCAAGAAUGAGAGAUUGGCCGCGACCAAGAGCGCCACACCCACACUUGUGACACCGCGCGAACAUCUCAAUUUGCAACUUGCACAGAACCGGAAGAGUGAGUUGAUUAUUCUUGAGGGCUAA